AUGGUGUGUGCAGUAGGGGUUCCAACACAGUACACCACACCACCCCUCAUGGUGGCUGUAGGACUCUCUCGUUCCCAGGUUUCCUCUCAGCACCAGCAGGUUCUGAUGGAGAACGUGACCCGGAUGUCGGAGCGCUCUCAGCGGCUGCAGCAGACUCUGGGCGAGCCGUCCACCCAGGCCGACCUGCUGGAGAACAUCUGGAAACUGGAGAACCUCUUCCAGAACCACAGCGACUGGCUGCAGAGGCUGGAGAACCUCAUCAAGGGCCUGGAGGUGGAGCUGAGGAACCUCCAGUCUAAUUCCCUUCAGUCGGAGGGCUACCUGGUGCAGCUGGACGACAGGUUGUCCUCCCUGAGCAGCUCCACCGGGAGGAACCUGACGAGCCUCAGUGUGGAGGUGACCCGAGCCUCCACCUGGCUCCACGACCAGGACCUCUUGUUCAGGGAAGCCUCAGGUCAGGUGAGCUGGCUGAGAGAGAAACUGGACGAGGUCAACUGGACGGUGGGAGCUGUCAAUCACACCUUCAGCAAUGACAUCAGUAUUCAUCACCUGAAGAUACAAGACUUACAGAUCCAGAUCAGCAACAUCACAGAGGACACCAGCAGCCUUUGGGUGACCCACGUCCACACGGAGGCCGAGCUGAGGAACGAGAUGGAGAUCCUGAACACCAUCACAGAGGACCUGCGUCUGAAGGACUGGGAGCACUCCCUGGCUCUGAAGAACUUCACCAUAUUCGAAGGUCAGUCAAGAAAAAAUAUUCAGAUCGUGGCUCUGAGGGCAAAAGAAUAA